CUUCAAUGCUUUCAAACCUGCUCUACCUGUCUAUUGCGCUCGUGCCAUGGCCACUGCCGCCGACUCUUCAAGAGUCGGAAGGAUCCAUCAAGUCAUUGGUGCCGUUGUUGAUGUGAAAUUUGAUGGCGAGCAAUUGCCCCCUAUUCUCAAUGCCCUCAAUACCGAUAAGAAUGGGAACAAAUUGGUUUUGGAAGUCGCCCAACAUUUGGGAGAGAAUGUCGUUCGUUGCAUUGCCAUGGACGGUACCGAGGGUCUUGUCCGUGGUCGGGCAGUACACGAUACCGGCGCUCCCAUUAAGAUUCCUGUUGGGCCAGGUACUUUGGGACGUAUUAUGAAUGUUACUGGCGAUCCUAUUGACGAGCGUGGCCCUAUCAAGGCCGCCAAGAUGGCACCCAUCCAUGCCGAAGCCCCACCAUUCGUUGACCAAUCUACAACUGCUGAAAUCUUGGUCACUGGUAUCAAGGUCGUCGAUUUGCUCGCACCUUACGCUCGUGGAGGAAAGAUUGGUCUCUUCGGAGGUGCUGGUGUCGGAAAGACCGUGUUUAUUCAGGAGUUGAUUAACAACAUCGCAAAGGCUCAUGGCGGUUACUCCGUGUUUACUGGUGUCGGUGAACGUACCCGUGAGGGUAAUGACUUGUACCACGAAAUGCAGGAGACCCGUGUCAUUCAACUGGAUGGGGACUCCAAGGUUGCAUUGGUCUUCGGUCAAAUGAACGAGCCUCCUGGGGCCCGUGCUCGUGUCGCCCUCACUGGCCUUACUGUGGCAGAAUACUUCCGUGAUGAGGAGGGCCAGGACGUGCUUCUCUUCAUUGACAACAUUUUCCGUUUCACUCAGGCUGGUUCUGAAGUGUCAGCUUUACUCGGUCGUAUCCCCUCUGCUGUCGGUUACCAACCUACCUUGUCAGUAGACAUGGGGCAGAUGCAGGAACGUAUUACUACCACCAAGAAAGGAUCCAUUACCUCCGUCCAGGCUGUAUACGUCCCUGCCGACGAUUUGACUGAUCCUGCCCCCGCCACUACCUUCGCCCAUUUGGACGCUACCACUGUGUUAUCCCGUGGCAUCUCCGAGUUGGGAAUCUACCCCGCUGUCGACCCUCUCGACUCUAAGUCCAGAAUGUUGGACCCUAAGAUUGUGGGAGAGGAGCACUACAACACUGCCACUCGUGUCCAACGUAUGUUGCAGGAGUACAAGUCGCUGCAAGAUAUCAUCGCCAUUUUAGGCAUGGACGAACUUUCUGAAGCCGAUAAGUUGACUGUCGAGCGUGCCCGAAAACUACAACGUUUCUUGUCACAGCCCUUCGCUGUUGCCCAGGUCUUCACUGGCAUCGAAGGUGCUUUAGUCGAUAUCAAAGACACCAUUAGAUCGUUCAAUGAGAUUAUGAACGGUAACUGUGAUGACCUUCCCGAGGCUGCUUUCUACAUGGUCGGAAACAUCGAGUCUGCGCGGGCAAAGGGUGAGAAGAUCUUGGCAGAAUUGGAGGAUAAAUAGAUACCGUAGAUGUGGUGGAUGCUUAGAAAAACCACCCUGAAUUAGGGAUUGCGUACGUGCAUGGGGUGCAAAACUUACGGUUGUACAUGGCUUUAUCUCCUUUUUAUGCUACUCACUACUUGUAGUGUAUUUCGGCACAAAAAUUUUCUAUCUCCUGUUCUAA